GUCUGACUCCCUGAGAAGUUUCUCUGGAGGGCUCUUGACUUCAGGCUCUGAGUCGAACAUGCCAAAAGAGGGAACAGAGCGCAGUUCCAUGUGGAGCGCUCCUGACCCGUCAACAGGAGAAAAUGAGCCGUAUGGCCUUUAUGUGUUAGGAAACUCCUGGGCCAAUGAGAACUUGUUCACGGCAGCAGAGGGGAUUAUCUGGUUUCGCUACCACAAUUAUGUUGCCACCAAACUGCAUGAGGAACACCCAGAGUGGUCAGACGAAAAGCUGUUCCAAAACGCCAGGAAGACCGUUGUGGCCACAUUCCAGAAUAUUGCUCUCUACGAAUGGCUGCCUGGAUAUCUUGGUGACAAAAAGCUUCCUCCUUAUCCGGGUUACCAGAAGUUUGUCGACCCAGGGAUUUCUCCUGAGUUUGAGGCUGCGGCCAUACGAUUUGGCAUCACUAUGGCCCCACCUGGUGUUUACAUGAGAAACAGAACCUGUCAUUUCAAGGAGAUUGUCAAUGCAGAUGGCAGCCUCUCACCAGCUAUGCGUCUUUGUAACAGCUUUUGGAAACGUCAGAGAGUAAAUUUGAACACAGGCCAAGAUGUAGACGACCUCCUCAUGGGCAUGGCCUCGCAGAUUGCAGAGAGAGAAGACAACGUUGUUGUGGAGGACCUGAGAGACUUCAUGUACGGACUCCUAAGGUUCAGUAGGACAGAUCUGGUGGCUCUUACCAUCCAAAGGGGAAGAGACUUUGGUCUGCGUAGUUACACUGAGGUCAGAAAAGCUCUGGAUCUGCCUCCUGUCAGUACUUUUGGUGACAUAAACCCUGAUCUCAACCGCACCAACCCACAGUUGCUCCUCGAUAUUGCAGAACUGUACGACAGAGACAUCUCAAAACUGGAGCUCUUCCCUGGAGGACUGCUGGAGUCGCUCGGCGGCCCAGGUCCAGUUUUCUCAACCAUCAUCCUGGACCAGUUUGAACGCCUCAGAAACGGAGACCGCUUCUGGUUCGAGAAUAAACACAACGGUUUGUUCACAGAUGAAGAGAUACAGAGAAUCCGCCGUGUGACAUUCAAUGACGUCCUGAUUGCAGUCACAAGUGCAGAAGCCACUGAUAUACAAAAGAAUGUGUUCUUCUGGAUGAACGGUGACCCUUGUCCUCAGCCCACACAGCUGACUGCAUCAAUGCUCCAUCCCUGCACUAAUGCGACCAAACUUAAUUACUUUGACGGGAGCCAGGCAGGCUAUGGGAUGUUCAUCAUUGUUCUGUUCCUUUUCCCUGUUGCGAGUUUUCUAGUGGCCUGUAUAGUGGCAUAUCUCCGGAAGCACAGGUUCAGAAAAUUCCAGAAAAUAAAAAAACCUGGGGACAGAGCAGAGGAGCCAGCUCUGGGAAUCCAUGCCUACGAGUGGCUCGGCCGUAAAAAACCUCUGCAUCCUGUCAGCGUGGAGAUCGAUGAGAAGAGGAGGCUGCAGGUCUUUGACAGAUCUGGGUCCUCUCACCGCAGCAUUAAUCUCAGUAACCAGGAAUACCUAACUGUCCAUUUGUCUAACAACCGUCAACAGACAGCGCUGCUGCUCAAAGUAUCAAAAGAGUACGACCUGGUGCUGUUUUUUGAUGACGAGAGCAAACGUGCCGCAUUCGUCAAGCAUCUGCACCCAGGGGUGACGGACAUCAGGCAGGAGAUUAGAGUGAAGGAGAUGAAAGAGGAGGAACUGCUGAAGGAGGCUUUAACCAGAGAGCAGAGGGCUCAGAUUGUGGAAACUUUCAUUCGACAUGCUUUCUCUCAGGUUUUGGAAAUAGAGAAGAGUGACGCCGGGGACAUGAGUGGCGUUUCCCGCAAGAAAGCCAAAGAGUUCCUGGAGUGUGAGCUGGCAGCAUCGGAGUUUGCUGAUGCUCUGGGCCUCAAAUCGGACUCACUCUUCGUGGACUCCAUGUUCACACUGGCUGAUAAGGAUGGAAACGGUUACCUCUCCUUCCAAGAGUUUCUUGAUGUGAUGGUCAUCUUUAUGAAAGGGUCUCCUGAGGAAAAAUCCAAACUCAUGUUCUCCAUGCACGACACUGCUGGAACUGGUUUCUUAUCAAAAGAAGAAUUUGCCAGGAUGCUAAGGUCUUUCAUUGAAAUCUCAAACUGCCCUCUGUCAAAGAGCCAGGCAGAGGACGGCAUCAAGGCCAUGAUGCAGGCGGAAGGCUUUGAUAAAAAGGAGAGAAUAACGUGGGAGGACUUCCAUUUCCUCCUGAGAGACCACGAGAAGGAGCUGCAGUUUGCACAGCUCAAUGUCAAAGGCAUGGAGAAGCAGGUGAGGAAGCGGCUGAGUCGAGACAUGAGAGUAUCCUUCAUCUGUCCAGCUAGCAUGAGCACAAAGACGGAAGGUCUGGAGUUAAGACGACGGAAAAAGGCAGGUGUUCACACUCCAGAUGUGUACGUGAAACCCAAGCGGGAGCAGUACAUACGGAACCCAGUUCAGCAGACGAUCCAGCAGUUCAAACGUUUCAUUGAGAAUUAUCGUCGUCACAUCGUCUGCUUCAUCUUCGUCUACGGCAUCACAGCAGGCGUAGCGCUGGAAAGAUGUUACUACUACGCUUUGCAGUCAGAGUCUACAGGCAUUCCUGAGACUUCAGUGGUGGGCAUUGUUGUCGCCCGUGGCACUGCGGCUGCCAUCUCUUUUCUGUUUCCCUACAUGUUGCUCACUGUGUGUCGCAACCUCAUAACUCUGGGCCGAGAGACCUUCCUCAACAGAUACAUCCCCUUUGAUGCCGCCAUCGAUUUUCAUCGCUUCAUGGCCAUGACUGCCGUCAUCCUCUCAGUUGUUCAUAGUUUGGGACAUGUGGUCAACAUCUAUAUGUUCUCCAUCUGUGACCUCAGCAUCCUGUCCUGUCUGUUCCCAAAAGUCUUCUCCAACAACGGGUCUGAACUUCCAAUGAAGUGGUCUUGGUGGUUUUUCCAAACAGUUCCAGGAGUGACUGGUGUCUUGCUUCUUUUCACUUUUGCAUUUAUGUAUGUUUUUGCCUCACGAUAUUUCCGUCGCAUCAGUUUUCGAGGAUUUUGGAUCACACAUUACCUCUACAUUGUUGUGUACAUUCUAACGGUUAUUCAUGGCAGUUAUGCUCUCAUCCAAGAGCCUCGAUUCUACAUUUACUUAAUUCCCCCUGCGCUGCUCUUCCUGCUGGACAAACUGAUCAGCUUGAGCAGAAAGAAGUCAGAGAUCCCGGUGCUCCGAGCUGAACUGCUGCCUUCAGGUGUGACACAUCUGGAGUUCAAGCGACCUCAGGGCUUUGUGUAUCGUUCUGGCCAGUGGGUUCGUAUUGCAUGCCUGAUGUUAGGCACAGAUGAGUACCAUCCGUUCACACUGACAUCAGCCCCUCAUGAAGAGACCCUGAGCCUGCACAUUCGAGCUGUGGGUCCCUGGACGAGCAAGCUCAGAGAGCUCUACACUGAAGAAAAUGUGCUCGAGCUUGGUGCUUAUCCAAAGUUGUACUUGGAUGGCCCAUUUGGUGAAGGCCAUCAGGAGUGGGUUGACUUUGAGGUGUCUGUUCUAGUUGGAGGAGGAAUAGGAGUGACCCCAUUCGCCUCCAUCCUUAAAGACCUUGUGUUCAAGUCCUCCAUCAAGUCCAAGUUUCAGUGUAAAAAGGUGUACUUCAUCUGGGUGACACGCACACAGCGUCAGUUUGAGUGGGUAUCAGACAUCAUCAGGGAGGUGGAGGAGAUGGACACUCAGGAGCUGGUCUCUGUCCACACUUACAUCACUCAGGUGGCCGAAAAGUUUGACCUCCGGACCACCAUGCUGUAUGUGUGUGAGCGCCACUUUCAGAAGGUUUGGAACCGCAGUCUCUUCACUGGCCUUCGCUCUGUCACUCACUUCGGCCGUCCGCCCUUGGUGUCCUUUUUCAGCUCACUGCAGGAAGUCCACCCUGAGGUGGGUAAGAUUGGUGUAUUCAGCUGUGGACCACCUGGACUGACCAAGAAUGUCGACAAAGCUUGCCAGCAGAUGAACAAGAGGGAUCAGGCCCAUUUUAUACACCACUAUGAGAACUUUUAACUUACCUUCUAUAUCAGAGUACAAGUGAAAGAAAAGGCUAUAAGUGAGUGGAUGAAUCAAAUUUCUUUACCAGUUGUUUAAUACUUUUUUUAAUAUAGUCACAGAGCUGAUGUAGUCCUGGAGAGUCCUGUUAAAACAUGUUCUUCUCUCUGAUGAAAUGUUGUCUUCUGUAAGUUGUUUUCUUGUGUUUAAUUGAUUAGUUUUACGUUUAUUUCAUUCAGUCUCAUUUGAGGGUUGUUACUCCAUGCAGGGUUUGAAUCCAAAUUCAUGUCAAUUCAUGUUUGUUUCUAAUUUGACAGACAGAUGUAACUCGAGAUUGCUGUUCUCCCGAUUUAAG